ACGAACGACAGCUGAAGAUAGUAAAGGACUUGCUUGAAGUGUCAUAGUACAUGUGUUAUUUAUCAAUUGAUAAUGAACGUAUCGCGAUUACCGGUUCUACUUUCUCUGAUGAUAGGAGUUACUCAAGGGCUGGUUCCAUUUCGAUUUUUGGCUCCAAUCCCCCCUCUUCGUACGAGGGCGUUCCAAUCCAACCUCACUAUCGACUGUACGACCAACGACCCAAACGUCACUACAAAGCUCUACGUAAGAUACCAAAGUGGGUUACCCUGGAAACAAGUGGUUACCAACGGCAACAAAGUUUUGAAAAGGGGGCAAGUUUACAUUAUUUUGAAAUUUGCUCUGUAUGACAUUGGUCAGUACCAGUGCCAUGCUAUAAAUGCCAUAGGGGAUGUUAUCACAUCUACUGGGAUGGUCUACGGAUACAAACAAAAUAUCCCUAAACUUCGGCUGCAUCCUCAUAAACAACAAGUAGUAAAAAUAGGUUCAUCAUCGAUGAUCGCCUGCAUCAGUGAUUCGUACGUUAAACUCAAGUGGUUCAAAGUGGUCAAUAGAAGAUACAGAGCAGUGCCGAGGUACCAGCUAACACGGCGCAAAACACACAAUGAAUUUCGCCUUGUACUUAGACUGAAUAAUAUAAUACAAAGAGAUGAAGGCACAUACAUGUGUAGAAUGAAAUACAUGGACAAGGUGCAGGAAAAGUUUAUCGACUUAAAAAUUAAUAAAUUACGGUUUCUCGCGAAGCCCAAAGCCUUCACUACUCAAUGGCUUUCAUCAAAUYUAACCAUYAACUGUACAACUAAYGAUCCUAACGCUGGCACAGCUGUUUAUCAUCGGAAAUACCCARCACAGCGUAACAAUGGCUGGAGACGUUUACCAUUCAUUCCUGGAAAGUUCGUCCAGGAAGGRCAUGUUUAUACUGUGGUAGGAGUCACWGUUCAAGAUAUGGGGCAGUAUCAGUGCAGGGCGUGGUCAAAAGAGGGUGUGCUUAUUAAAUGGCCUCGCUCUCGAGGAAAGGUCAUCACUGUUCCAAAAAUCUACCUGAACAUGAGCAUCUCACCCAAGAUAUCAGGACCUCUGAAGCCCUACUCCAACCACACCAUAACUUGCUCGACUAAGCUUCUAAGUGCAAGACUACAGUGGUUUCGAAUGGUUGGGUCUUCUAAGACUUACACUGAAAUACCACGAGAAAGACUUCUCAAAAUCAAGAACAACAACGAAAACAAGUUGAUYUUGAAGCUUUCACUUAUCGAUGAACCAGAUGCCGGUGUCUACAAGUGCACCAUGAAGUAUCAUGGAAAGAAGAGGACAUUAUUGACUGCUUUGGAUGUAGGAUUCAAACCAAGAGCAAGAUCACGGAAGGCCAUUGUAAUACAAAGGGUAGGAUCAAGACUCUCUCUCCCGUGUAGAAUCAUGGGACUGCCACUACCUACGGUCACGUGGACCAAAGAUGGACGCUCCAUUGGUUGUCUCCAUGACAACAGCAGCUGCAAUCUGGAUAAACGUUACAUCAUCAGAAACAAAUUUAGAAAGGACCAAUCAAUUCGCUCGAUUCUUCGUGUUAAAGGAAAAAUUGUCAAACGCGACCAGGGACUGUAUCGAUGCGUUGCAAUGAACAAAUAUGGCGUCCAUCGAUCUGUCACACGCGUUGUCAUAGUUACCUGAUGUAAACAUUACACUGUAAUGUGAUGAUGCUUAAUCAAAGAGAUCAUCUGAAAAAUCUCAGGACUGACAUUUUCCAAUAAAGCUCAAGUUAUAAAUCGA